CCCCAGAUGCUGGUAGUUAUUCACCGAUCUCUUGGUCAUGUCGUUACUUGGCAAGGCUGGACUGAUUAUUGAUUUGAUCAAUCACGUGACCUGAAUUCAUCUGCUUCGAUGGAUAUAGAAUUUGGCGAUGUGGAAAUUUACUCUACAAUCAUCGAUUUCAACCAGAAUCAACUGUCUUGCUAAUAACUUGUUGAUUCUUCUUUCUAUCCAUCCUGUCACAGCCAGAAUCAAGGAAACUUGCCGCUACGUUGCUUCCCCUUGAAACGUUUCUCCUAUCUCAACUACAAUUUGGAGUUUAGACAGUGUAAAGAUGGAUCAUUCUGCACUUACAUUUCGCCCCAAGGAAAGCUCUUCUGUCCCUCACAGACAGACAUCGAAUGCUACUCAGCCACGAUUGCCUGAAAUCAAUGAGCAUACCACCUUGGCAGUCGGAACCUCUAGCACAGUCAAACAAUCUAUUGGUACCUCAACCGUUGUUGGCACAAACUGUGGAGCCUCUGCCUGCGCCGUAGAUUCCACUGGCGCACUCUUAUCGCGUCUCUCAUUGAGCCCACUAGAAUUUACCAAGCCAUUAUCUGGUCAAGCAAUCUCGGUCAGAAUACCUUCUACCAACGCUAUCUGUAAAUCUUGGUGUGAAUAUACAACGCAGUAUUUAACCUACGAUCCUACAAUAGGCAUGCAAGUCUUGCCGAUCCCAGUCGAUCUAUUGGCUGAGUUCAUCAUCCAAGAAGCCAUCAAAGCAGAUACACCCCUUAAAAAAGUCGCUCAAGUCUAUUUGGUUAAAUUCUCUUGCUAUGAAGAAGGAUCUCGUGAAUCGGAAGUUGUGAAAAUGGUUUGGGAGUUCAUUCAGAGACAUUUACAUCAAUGAGGAGUAGUUGAGCUUGUGAAGUCGGGUUUUGGUUGAUUAGACGGCAGAAAUAUGGUGGAGAGUACAAUUGAUCAAUGCAAAAGAGGAGUUGGGGGAUUAUCUGGGUGUUGGAUGGGUUGAUUGGGCGUGAGAGGAUCUUCGUGAGUUCUUAUGGAUGGUAUUUAUUGAGAUAUUUUAUGCUCUAUUGAGAGACCGGCUGGUCUCGGUCAAAUUAGGUUAGGAAUGCAAGAUAUGAGAUCUGGUAUCUCU